AUGGAUUCCUUCAUGAAAGCUGCCAAGUCGGGGCUUGCAAAGACGGUAGCAGCUGGACAGCAGCAAUUGCAGCAACGGCUGGCAAAGUAUGGUCAACCUGGAUCCGGGAGCGACGGAAGCACGUCCAAUGGAUCCGAGCAUCAACGGCAUGGGCAGCAGCAUCAUCAACACCAGUGCAAUCAACGACCUCUCGACACGGAUUCCCACUCCCAUCCAAAUUGGCACCAGACGACUUCUCCAGGCGUAAGCCAACAUGUGCCGUAUUUCCCGCCUCCGCCAUCCGCCGCUUCACCACCUCAGCAACGACUCCAUGAGAUGCACCAGACUCCCUUGCCACAGACCGCAAAUCAAGGACAACACAUGUAUCAGCCUCCGCCGCCGCCGCCGCCGCCGCCGCCAGUUCGGCAAAGUUGCAACCAAUCUGUGUCUUCAGACAUGCACUACCCUCAAUCCUCUCAAUACGGUCAUCCUCCACUUCCUCCUCGUUGGGACAAUCAUCAGCAGCCACGGCUACAUGUUGAGCAAGGUGGAUAUGGCACGAAUCUCUCAGCAUCCCCCGUCAACACUUAUCAAGCUACUGCUCAGACCUUGCUGCCGGCAUCUCUUGUUCCUUACCCCACGCCAAGUCAACAACGCCAGUCAGAAGUACUUCCGCGAGCUGAGGAUGGUGUGUACAAGAUGAGUCAUUCGACAUUACCGGCAAACCUUGCUCAAGUCCAGCCUCAGGCUUACGAGCCGGCAUCAAGUCAGGAGCAUCAGUCAGGGGUCACGGCCCAAACUGAAACUGUUUCUCAGCAGCAUGCUUCCGGGGUGAACCCGUUAUUAGUAAACAACACAAUCAAUCCUUCAGAAAACACUGCUCGGGAACCACAGCAGCUCAGCCAGGUUCCGCCUCCAACAGCGCCAGGCGCAGGUGCGCCGACUUAUGUCCCUGGUUUGGUCGGCAGCCCUACUCCAAAAUCACCGGAAAUCACCCGAAUUCAGCCCUCAAGCACGCCAGGUACGGAUGUCCCCGGCGCAGUCAACAACGACGCCCCCCAGCAUCACCCCGCGCGACUGGGUGACUCUUCAUCUAUAACUCAGCAAAUGGGCAACCUCGAUAUCAGCCGUCAAAUACAGGAGCAAGCAGCAGACCCGAAUCAAUCGGCACACGGGUCGUUUACCAAUGCCAAGAAUCAGAAACUACCCCCCAUAGUGGCCAACGGGCCGUCCAGAGACGUUAUUCGAUACUGCCCAGAGGAUCGAAUUGUCGACUACCCUCUUUUUUGGUACCAGCUUCCUGAUGCGCCCGACUUUCUCGUCUGCACAAAAUGUCACCAAGACUUUAUAGAGUCGACUCCACUUGCUGGAAAUUUCAAAAGAAUUUUAGCAGAACCUGGUAGCCGGUCAAUGUGUCGCUUCUGGUAUCCACGCGUCAAGAACAUUCUGUGGAAGCAAGCACUGCGACGAAACAGUGUCGAAGAACUUUGCUCCUUCAUGAAGCGCCGGCUUCAGGUUCCUGACUGCAGGGGCACCGCAGCUGUAUUGGGUUCAGAGGGCAUCAAAUGGUUCAGCCCGCAAGAUCAGGAAAUUCCAGGUUUUGUUGCCUGCCAAGCCUGCCAUGAAGACAGGAUCAUGGGAACGUCGUUCGAAUCCCGUUUUGUCCCCAACGGUGACCAGGGGGCUGAGGAUCAGUGGACAUGUGACGCAUGCCUACCGUACAUGUCUCGGGCGCUUGACAAGCUAUCCUCCAGAAACGACUGGUCUGGCUUUGUCGCCGGCUCAACCCGCCGGUUGCAGCUUCCAACGUGUGAGGGCAGGGACUCGAGCGCCACUGAAGGGGUGUGGUACGCGCUUCGGCGAAAGCUGGAUGAUUUUUUCGUGUGCGGCACCUGUUACAUGGAUCAAUUGGAGCUGACGGCAUUUGAAGCUGAGUUUGAAGCAGUCAACCAGGCAGUUUACCAGAGUCUCGGAUUCGACAGGUGGAUGGAUUUGCUCGGCCAGAAGCGGAGCUGCAAGUUGACAAGCUCAGGGCUUGCCAUGGGGUUUGCGCUCGAUGCCGGGCUACGCGAUGGGGAUUUCAACGGGUUCUGGAGCGCUGCACAGAUGAUCAACAAGCUCGUACCGUGCACCCCAAACGGGAUCGUGCGAGGCAGGUGGUGGACACUGGCGGGCGGUUGCGCCAACUUUGACAUCUGCGAAGCCUGCUACGUCGGCAUCUUCAAGACCAACGAGCUGGACGGGUUCCUACAACCCAGAGGGACGUGCGAGGCCACUCUGCUGUGCAACUUUUGCCCUGCAGCUCCUCGCUUCCUCGAGUUUUUCAAAAAGCUUGCAGAGGCACUGGACCGGAGCGUCUUCAGCUACUACACAGAUUACGUGACCAAGUUUGCCCACGUGGCGGAAUGCCCCGGACUGGACCACCGCGAGAAUUCGACAUGGUGGGGAUACGACCAGGUGCUCUGGUGCGAGGAGUGCCAGCUCACCUUUGUAGCCGAGACCAGCCUCGGAAAGGAGCAAUUGCAGUACGCAGGAGCAUCUGACGCGCGAGCGCAAAUCUGCCAAAUGUGGUCGCCUCGGAUGCGCGGCAUGUGGCUGGACGUAUGCCGCGCCGGAGAGGCAGGACCAAGGGAGGAGCUGGACCACGCGCUCGUCAAGUUGAAGGAGUUUGGCGAAAGGAGGCUGCAGGUGUACCUGCAGACAGUGCCGCGCAUCCGGUUCAUCCGGAAAAUGAAGGAGAUCAGGAUGAUGCAGGCAGUGCACCAAGGCCACCUGAGCGUCAUGUACUCGGGCAUGAACAGCCUGGCCGCGGUAUCUGGCACUGGGGACGGCAACUGGCACGGGAACAGCCAACUCGGGUGGUACGAGACGGAGCACGGAGCGACCGGAGCGCAAAUGUUUAACAACAUGCAGGCCGGGUUCGCUGAUGCCAACCGGACGGACGAGUGGAUGCAGAUUAUGCAGCUGCAGACGAUGUGGAGCGAGGUUGAGUAG